AUGGGGGGGCUCAACUUGGAAGUGUUCAAGUUCGGCGUGUACGUCAUGUUCCCGAUUGGCAUCAUGUACUACUUUGGAACCAACCUCGACAACCGCUUCGCCGUGCGCAACUUCUGGCCCCGACCCGAGGAGUGCAACAAGGUGCCCCGCGACAGGGACGAGGUCAAGGCCGAGUACAAGCGCAUCGUCGCGCGACAGCAGCAGCGCCGGGCACAGCAACUCGAGGACCAGUCGCAGCAGACCAAGUGA